AUGGAUUCUUCUUCGUAUGAUCCUCAAAAUGAGAACCAUACCGAUGAUGAAUAUGGACAAUGCAACGAACAAAAAACCAUCAUCAUCAAUUCAUGUGAUAACAAUUCAAUCAAAGAGAUUGAAUCAAAGGUUUUGUCAAAAUUGGAUGUUGAAGAAAAUCAUGACCUUCACCUCCACAAUGCCUCAUUGGAAAUGAAACAUUUCAUUGCUACAAAUUUUGAUAAUAAUCGUGGAAGGGAACAAUGUAAUAACUUCACACAGAAAACAAUGAAUGAUCCAUCCAUUCAAGAUCAAUUUCUUGAUUUUUCGAACUUACCAGAUGAUAAAUUUAUCACGAUCAGGCAAUCGAAACCAAUUCGUAACGUUGCUUUAAAAUUUCACGUUACAACUCACACAAUGUCUGAAGAACGGAAAAGACGAUUAGAACAAAUUAAAUCAGAAAAAGAAAACGCUUACCUCCUACCUACGACACCCAUCACGGAAACACAAUUCGAACCUUAUCCAAAAACUGCCGCUUGUCUUAUUAUUGGUGACGAAAUUCUUAAUGGGAAAACGGUCGAUACAAAUUCCGCUUCUUUUGCGAGAUUUUGUUAUGAACAUGGAAUCGAUUUAAAGAGAAUUGAAGUCAUACCGGAUGAGGAAGAUACAAUUAUUGAAACUGUGAGACGACUUAGUAAAAAUUUUGACUUUGUUGUUACUAGUGGAGGAAUAGGACCAACGCAUGAUGAUAUAACGUACCCUACGAUCGCUAAAGCAUUUAAUCUUUCAUUAACCCUUCAUCAACAAACGCUUGAUCGUAUGAAAGAUUUCACGAAUAACACACCAUCGUUAAAGAUCAUGAUGUCGAAACAAAGUCAGGAGGUGGUUGAUGCAAAUCAACGAAUGGCAUUAUUUCCUAAUCCAUCUGUAAUUGUAUACCCAAACAAAACAUUAUGGGUUCCAAUAGUGAUAGUAAAUGGUAAUAUUCAUAUAUUACCCGGUAUUCCUCAACUAUUCAAUAGUUUAUUAUUCGCUUUUAGUAAGUACUUAAAAGUGAGGCAAACCGGUAAAGAUGGUGAAAAAUUUUACAGAAAAUUUAUUAAAACCUAUCGUCCUGAAGGUUUUAUUGCCCCCGUAUUAACUGAGAUGCACGAAAAGGUUAAGGAUUUGGGAAUUAAAAUUGGUAGUUACCCUAAGUGGUCUGGUGAUAAAAGAUGGGUAGUGGUUAGUCUCCUCGCUAGAGAAAAUCAUAAAGAUAAAUUAGAAGGAUUGAGCAUAGAAAUUGCUAAAAAAAUUGAUGGAUUUUUGAUUGAUAAUGCUGAUGAUGCAGCAGUUGGAGUAAUUGGUGAUAAGGUUAAAGGUGUUAAGCUUUAA